AUGAGGCGUGGGUUUUAUUUGGUUAACCCUGCAACCAGGGAGAUGAAGAAAGUACCAAAGACACCAUCAUGGAGACCUGUGAGGCCCUUUUGCUUGAGCUUAUGUGGAUUUGGAUUUGAUUCCUCCACCAAUGAGUACAAGGUGGUUAACGGGCAGGUCUAUUCUGAUAUCAAUGUAAUCGUAUUUAGUGUCUAUACACUGAAAACUGAUUCUUGGAGAAAGAUCGAGUGCUUCUCUCCCUACCAUGCUUAUUGGUUUCAGGGGAUUUUUCUGAAUGGAGCUAUUCAUUGGUCGGCAACGACAGUUGGAGAUCGAUCCUCUUCGGUGAUUGUAUCUUUUCUAUUAGCAGAGGAGGAGGUUCGCGAAAUUCGACUCCCACCCAUCGGUGAUACUUGUUUAGCAAACCUGGGAGUGUUUAGAGAUUGCCUAUGUAUAACGCUCGCUGGUAUUGAUCAAACAUUUAAUGAGUUUUGGGUCAUGAAAGAAUAUGGGGUGAGCGAGUCUUGGACUAGAAUGAGGGUCUCCAUGCCAUAUCACCAAUUGUCACAUUUUGGUUUCUCUACAAAAUCUCAUGAUUUGAUGGUGUGUGGAAGUUCAUUGCGACUACAAUUUGUUUUGAGAGUUGCGUUUUUCUUCUCCGAGUUGAAUGCAAAAUCAUACCAUAGAUUGGAGUAUGAUAUAUCAAAGAUUGGAGUAUGA